GACUUCAAAGAUCUUGGUGCCGAUACAACAAGCCGUCUCCGUCAAGGUGUUGGUUAUCGCCAUCAGCUCUAUCAUAGGCGUCCUCAGCAUCGCAGGCAACGCCCUGGUCCUGUAUGUCAAGCCAAGGAAAACCGCUCAAGCCCAGGAUCGACCCGCUCUACGAUGAGAUACUUCGUCAUGAGCCUUGCCUCAUCUGACAUCCUGGCAAGCCUUGUUAGUCUACCGCUGACGAUAUCACAAGUAAAAGGAUGGUUGAACAUAGAGACGGAUCUGGCGUGCAAGGUAGUUAGGUACGUAGGUAUAGUUGGACCUGCAAUCACCAUGAUAAACUUACUUGUGAUGGGUUUAGAGAGGUAUGCAUGCGCGUUCCACCCACUAAAGGUCCCUAGUCGUCGCACUGUUGCUCGAUGCGUAGUUGCAGUUUGGCUUACAGGUCUAGUAUUAUCGCUGCUACCAGCUAUCGCCCAUAACACGAUACCAGUAGAUAUCGACGAUGAAUCAUACACAAUGCUAUGCCGACCUGACCCCACCCACAAAUUUCUUUUCCUAGGGUUUAGUGUAUGUGUGUACAUCUUGCCUUGUAUCGUCCUCACCGUCACAUCACUCGCAAUCGCGCGGUUAUUGCGUCGCAAAAGCAAACAGGUUUUAUCGGAAAACCAGCCCAUGCCCAGAGAGCAAGCAUGGCGAUUCGAUGGCAGCAAAAUGCUUAUUUCCGUCACAUUUGCGAUUGUCUUGCCCUAUUUCGCGUACGUCACCUAUAUAAACAUCACAUUGUUUUGGAAAAUACCGUUCGACUUUGCGACAGACCGAUUGAUACGGUUCACGAUGGCACUGUUAAUCUAUGCGAACGGGUUGUGCAAUGUUGUUAUAUAUUUCGUUUACAUGAAAAGUCUACGCAAGGCACUGGUAAAAAUGUUCUACAUAAAAACGACACCCGCUACUGAGAAGGGCCCCUCUCGUGACACUAAUCCUAUAAGUGAGUGAGAACGCGACUUGACUUAUUCUAUAUUUAUACUGUAUAUAGAGUGGUUUUCAAAAUCCCGUGCAACAAAAUGUAUUUGUUAAAAUGUAAUAGUCAAGCCAGAACAAAAGAGAACAAAGACAUUACAGUGUGUUAGUACUAAAUAAGCUAAAUAGUAUUUCACGGGUUUUUGAAAACCACUCUAAUACGUAUAUUAUACUGAGUACGCCUAUUUCAAGUAAGAUUUCACUCGGAGAAUAUGUGACCCGCAGGGCUUUACGUAAAUAAAAUACAAAUCAAGGUUUGAAAAGCUGUAGAGUUUUUGUUUACAUUCUUAUGGGCAUUCACAUGGCUUUUAGAUACAAGGAUUCAGGAGUGUAACCUUAUUUGAAAUAGGUGUACAUACUACAUUCAUAUGCUUUUUAAAACUAAACGUCUAUCCUUUUUUCAAAGAGCGCAUUCAAAUUUUAUGCUCGCUGUGUGAUUAGAGUCAGUUUUCAUUAGUUCGCAAUAUGUUGGUUGAGACUCCAGCUUAUUGGAUGGCUACCGAAUAGUGUUCGUUAAACACUUUCGUGUAGCUCGAUCAAUUAUACUAUAAUAAAAACAAGUUUAUCCAGUCUUA